AUGGUUUGUUCAAAACUGAUUAAAUCAAUGCGUUAUAAAUUUUCAAAAACAUCACUUUUAUUUCAUCGUAGUCGACUUAGACCUCGUUAUAUAUUAUCGAUACUUGCUGGUGUAUCAUUUGGUUUUACAUUAAGUUUAGCAUGUUUACCAAUGAUAAAUGUUUGUGAUAAUUCAUUAUUACUUUUUUCUAAUCCAUUUUCUGCUUCAUUAAAUGAUCAUCUUUCAAAUGAAACAUUUUCAUUUCGUGAUACAUUUGAUCGAAUAUUCAAUCGACAAGAACGUUCAGUUACUGAUGUUUCACUCGAUGAUUAUCGUAGUAAAGAUUAUGAACCACGAGUACUUCCACCAUCAAUGGAAAAAAAUAUUAAUAAUCAAUCUUUAUCAACACCAACACAAUCAUCAAAUACAUCGAAAUUUAUACGAACACGUUAUAUAGCUGAUGAAUUAAAUAUACGUGAAAAAGUUCUUGUUGCUGUUAUAACUGAAACAAAUCAUUUAAAUACAUUUGCGUUUUUUCUCAAUCAAACAUUACAAAAUUAUGUUAAUCGUUUAUUAUUUUUUAUUGAUAAAGAUAUACAAGAUUUUCCUAAAGGUAUGGAAGUAGUUGCAAUACAUGAUAAACGAGCGUAUCUAAAACCAAUUCAUAUAUUAAAAUAUCUGGCUGAAAAAAUGAUUCAAUCAUAUGAUUGGUUUGUACUUGUUCCUGAUAAUACAUAUAUACGAGGUUUUAAACUAAAUGAAUUUUUAAAUCAUAUUAGUAUUAGUCAAGAUCUAUAUAUGGGACAACCAAUUAAUGAUGUACAUGCUGUAUAUUGUUAUUUUGGAUCUGGUAUUAUUUUAUCAGGAACUAUACUUCGCAAAGUCCUUGACGAAAUUGACUGGUGUACAAGUAAUGCUUAUUCACAAGAUUUAACUGAUAAUAUUGGUAGAUGUAUUUUAAAAGCAACUAAUUCAUCUUGUGUUGAUACGGCUAGUAAUUAUAAAUUUACAGCUUAUGUAAAUUAUUUAUUUGAAUUUGAUACGGAUAUUGGUAAGUUAUCCAAAAAUGAAGAAUUCAAUCAAACAUUAACUGUUCAUCCUGUAAAUGA